GCGGAGCGAGCGGCAGGGCCGAAAGUGCGGCCGGCAGCGAGCUCGGCGGGGCAAGAUGGCGGCGACCAAGAGGAAGCGGCGUGGGGGCUUGGAGGUGCAGGCGAAGAAGCCGAAAAGGAGCCGGAAAGAUGCCGGGCAGCCCGCUAAGCCGGACGCCGUGGCGAAAGAGGUGGAGGAGGAAGAUAGAGAUCGCAUUCCUGGUCCCGUUUGCAAGGGCAAAUGGAAAAAUAAGGAGCGGAUCCUCAUCUUUUCUUCUAGAGGAAUAAAUUUCAGAACAAGACACUUAAUGCAGGACUUGAGAAUGUUGAUGCCCCAUUCUAAAGCAGAUACUAAAAUGGACCGUAAAGAUAAAUUAUUUGUGAUAAACGAGGUCUGUGAAAUGAAAAACUGCAAUAAAUGCAUCUACUUUGAAGCUAAAAAAAAGCAGGAUCUCUAUAUGUGGCUUUCAAAUUCACCUCAUGGGCCGUCUGCUAAAUUCUUAGUUCAAAAUAUUCAUACCCUGGCUGAGCUGAAGAUGACUGGAAACUGCCUGAAAGGUUCUCGCCCCCUUUUGUCUUUUGACCCUGCUUUUGACGAAUUGCCACAUUAUGCUUUGUUAAAAGAACUCUUAAUUCAGAUCUUUAGUACACCACGGUAUCAUCCCAAGAGUCAGCCAUUUGUGGACCACGUGUUUACAUUCACCAUUCUGGAUAACAGGAUAUGGUUUCGGAACUUCCAGAUUAUAGAAGAAGACGCUGCUCUAGUGGAAAUAGGACCUCGUUUUGUCUUAAAUCUCAUAAAGAUUUUUCAGGGAAGCUUUGGAGGACCAACUUUAUAUGAAAAUCCUCAUUACCAGUCUCCAAACAUGCAUCGGCGUAUCGUAAGGUCCAUCACAGCUGCAAAGUACAGAGAGAAACAGCAAGUCAAAGAUGUUCAGAAACUGCGGAAGAAAGAACCAAAGACUAUUCUUCCACAUGACCCCACUGCAGAUGUCUUCGAUAUACCAGCAGAGGACAAGCCAGUAGAAAUACAGUGGGUGAAACCAGAGCCUAAAGUAGAUCUGACAGCGAGAAAGAGAAGGAUUUACAAAAGGCAUCGGAAACUGCAGCAGAAGAUGAACAAGGGGAGUGCAAAGUGAAUCAGUGGAUAACUAUCUUUUUUAGUUACUGGAUAUUUAUUUUGUAUUCCACGUGUAAAUACUUUUAGUAUCAAGAACUAGCUAUGUCUAAUUAAGGUGCCAUUUAAAAAAAAUUAAAAUCUUAAAGGCAAUGUUUGUCUUUUUCUAAAUAAAGCAUCUCCAGAAUGCACCA